CAUUGGGCGGAGGGAGGGAGGGGGCUCGGUCCGGUCGCUCCGGGAGCGGCACCGGCGGCGGGCCCGGGCCGGGGAUGCUGCGGGCGCUGCCCCCGCCGGGACGGCGCUGAGGCGCCGCUGCCCCCCCGGGACGGCGCAGCGUAACCAUGUCUACAACUCAGAGAAGGCAUGUAGCAAGUUCAUGGUGAGGUGUAUACUUGAGACAAGACACAGUGACUCAUAUGCUUUUCUGGAUAACAUAAUCCAUGGAUAAAGUGGGAAAGAUGUGGAACAAUUUCAAAUACAGGUGCCAGAACCUCUUUAGUCAUGAGGGUGGAAGCCAAAAUGAAAAUAUAAUUGUGAACUCCAGUAAUUGCUCAUCUGCUAAAGAGAAAGCUAUCCAGGUAACUGAUUUGACUCAACAACAACCACCCAGCAGCCCUUUGAGAGAAAACAUUGCUUUGCAAUUAGGUUUAAGUCCUUCAAAGACUUCAGCAAGGCGGAACCAAAACUGUGUCACAGAAAUUCCUCAGAUUGUUGAAAUAAGCAUUGAGAAAGAGAAUGACUCGUGUGUCACCACGGGAGCCAGGCUUGCUCGAAGGGACUCUUAUUCUCGACAUGCUCCCUGGGGUGGGAAGAAGAAGCAUUCCUGCUCUACCAAAACCCAGAGCUCCUUGGAUACUGAAAAAAGAUUUGGUAGAACACGAGGUGGCUUGCAGAGGAGAGAGAGGAGGUACGGGGUGAGCUCAGUCCAUGAUAUGGAUGCAGUAUCCAGCAGGACAGUCGGUAGCCGUUCUCUGCGACAGCGUCUACAAGAUACUGUUGGGCUGUGCUUUCCCAUGAGAACUUACAGCAAACAGUCCAAACCUCUGUUUUCUAACAAAAGAAAGAUCCAUCUCUCUGAACUAAUGCUUGAGAAAUGCCCUUUUCCUGCAGGCUCCGAUCUGGCUCAGAAGUGGCAUCUGAUUAAACAACACACAGCGCCUGUGAGUCCUCAUUCAACUUUCUUUGACACAUUUGAUCCUUCCUUGGUUUCCACAGAAGAUGAAGAAGAUAGGCUCAGAGAGAGACGUAGACUUAGUAUUGAAGAAGGGGUUGAUCCCCCUCCCAAUGCCCAAAUACAUACUUUUGAAGCUACAGCACAGGUUAAUCCAUUGUAUAAACUGGGACCAAAGUUAGCCCCUGGUAUGACUGAGCUGACUGGGGACAAAACCAUAACACCUCCAGGGAACUGUGACUCCGAAGAGGACACAACAACGCUUUGCCUGCAGUCACGGAGGCAGAAGCAGCGUCAAAUGUCUGGAGAGAGCCACGGCCAUAUCAGCAGGCAGGGGGCUUGGAAAGUGCACACUCAGAUCGAUUACAUCCACUGCCUCGUGCCAGACCUACUUCAGAUUACAGGUAACCCGUGUUACUGGGGGGUGAUGGACCGCUAUGAAGCAGAAGCACUUCUGGAGGGUAAACCCGAAGGCACUUUUUUGCUCAGGGAUUCUGCGCAGGAGGACUACCUCUUCUCCGUGAGCUUCCGUCGCUACAACCGCUCGCUGCACGCACGCAUUGAGCAGUGGAAUCACAACUUUAGUUUCGAUGCCCACGAUCCCUGUGUGUUUCACUCCUCCACUGUUACAGGGCUUCUGGAGCACUACAAAGACCCCAGCUCUUGCAUGUUCUUUGAACCAUUACUUACUGUAUCUCUGAACAGGACCUUCCCCUUUAGUCUGCAGUAUAUCUGCCGGGCAGUAAUCUGCAGGUGCACUACGUAUGAUGGGAUUGAUGACCUUCCUCUACCCUCAAUGUUGCAAGACUUUCUAAAGGAGUAUCACUAUAAACAAAAAGUCAGGGUGCGAUGGCUGGAGCGGGAACCUAUAAAAACAAAGUAAAUGGAAAUCAAAAUAAGCUUCUGGAAUAUGCUUUUUUUUGUGUAUUACAGUUUAACUGCAGCGAGCGCACCGACGACGUCUAGCUUUUCUGCAAUAUCCUAUUUAAGCUAAGUGUUAGUAUCCUGUCAGAUGCUGCCUGCUGUUAAUCAAACUAAGUUGUGAUGCCUCUUGGAAACAAUAAGCAGACAAAUUCUGCACGUUUUUCAUUAAGGCGUAAUGAAACUAUUUUUGCUAAUUUCUAAAUAUUUUUUUUCCCUUUUAUAGCUGUAGUAAUUGGAUGAAGAAACUAUGAGGCAUUUUCCAUGGGGCAUUCACGUAAUGCUAAUAAAGAAAGGCUUUAUCAGAGGAGCAUUUUUGCUAAUAUUUGAAGUAUUUUUUUAAAAUUCUCUUCCUGAAAAACGUUCCACUACUCUAAGUACUAAUUUAGCUCACAAACAAGUUUCCAAAUACUAGUGAAUAUCUUCUUUUAAUGAAGAGCAAUUCAUUAGAAGCAGUCCAUUAAGAGUUAAUGGUUCUUUGAUGCUAACAGAUGAAUCAUGCUUUUCACAGUGUAUAAGGUUUCCUAAUCAUUGAAACUUGAAUAUGCCUGCUCAGUACUGUAAUUCUAUUAUAAACACUUGGAGAUUUAAGUGGCAUUGUUAGCAAAAGUAAUACUGUCUUGGACAGUUAAAAAUACCUUCCAGUGUGAAUUGCUGCUUCAGUGGCAGGACACAGGAUUAGAUUAUUGCCAUAAAACAUAAGGUUGUGGGUUUUUUAUAAAAAGAACUUGGUGGCCUCACUGCUAGUAACUUACAAUGGAAGGUAAUAGUGACAAGAAAAAAAUUUUAUUAUUUAAAGUUGACUGAUAUUUUUAUGGAGAACAUGACAAGUGGUUGAAUUAUUAUAAUCAGAGUACAAAAUCUGACAUAUCUGAAACAAAUGUCAGGUUUCAAAGGUACUGUUACACUUUAUUUGUAAAUAUAUUUCCAUUUGCGCUUUUAAAAAUGUUUUAAAGUAAUAUGCACUGAUUAUAGUUUCAACAGAUUACUUAGAAACAAGAUUCUAACUUCUGUUUGCUUAUUUAAUUGGAGAUAGAACUUAAAGUAGUUCUGUCUUUAGACAUUUUGCACUAAAAUUUUGUUGGAAUGCCCUGACCCCUGUUUAAUGUUUUGUACCAAUUGAGUGCUCCCUAGUUUCUUUACCAGCUGCUACAGUAUGUUAUUUCUUACUUCUCUAGGGCAGUGACCUGUGUGAGGUAGGGAACAUUUUGGCUGCAAGUACAAUAAACGUUACUCUUGUAUGCUACACUAACCCUUCUAUUGAUGAAUUUUUCUGCUUGCUGUGCCUUGUUCUGGCUCUUUGUGCUAAUAAAGUACAGUAUGUUCAGUGUUAUACUUGUAUAUCUGCUCUGUUUUUAUAUAUUCACGUAACUUGUAGCAGUUAACUGAAUUUUUAAUAGGCUUUUCUUAGUACUUAGUAUAGGUAAUGCACAAGCACUGUGCAGUUGAAUAUUGGUUGGUCAGCACACCGUAUUCCUGGUUUUUGUUACAGAAACUUGACAGUGUACACCACUGAAUAACGUUUCUGUAGUCACUGCAAAGUAGUGGACUUGUCUGCAGGCAUAGAGCAUUUUACAGGUUUUUGUAAUGUAAAGGAUAAAUGUUAAGCAAAAAGUGUUCUAAAACAUAAUUGAUCCCCUGUAAUGAUUGCUGAAGGUGUUUCAGCUUGUUAUAUAGCUAACUGCUAAGGUUAAUAUUUUGAUACUCCCCACUGAGCAAGGAAUGCUUAUUCCUGUUAAUUGACAGUACAGCAGUGGCAUUUGUUCACUUUUAGGCUAUUUUAUUAAAUAGAUGUACACGCAAACUGGCCAAAUGUCCUGUUUUUACCAAAGAAUACUGUCAAUUUAUGUUGGGGUAUUUUUUUAGUAAAAAAAACUCAAGAGUGGAGAGGUGCAAUUUUUGUUCUAUCAAAUAUUUAUCCCAAGCUAUGAUAAACCAAAGUAUUUGACAACUUCAUCUAAACUUAAGUAAUGUACACGUUUAUGUUGGUAGAGCUUAAAACUUUUACAUCAAUGGUGUCGUCAUUUUUCCUGAACUCACAAUGCACCUGAAGAGGAAUGAUUUAAAUAAUUUUGUAAUGACUGGAACAGCACUACAUGAAAGCUCGUACUGCGAGGGGUUAAUCUGAAGCACCCAGAAAGCACUUUAAAACAUGUGUUUAUAUGCUUGUGGAAAAUUUGUGAUCCCGUUAUGCAUUCUUUGUAGUAGAUUAUCUUCUUUCGUGUGUUAAAAGACUUCCACUGUUAAAAUGGAACUUUGUUUAGAAUAUGUAAAUACUAAGUUUAUGUAAUUAUGUGUACAACUGUGCUAAUGGUCUCUUAAGUUUUGAAUUGUAUGUGUGUCAUUGGAUAUGCAACUCCUGGUUUAAAAUCUGCUCUAAGCAUAAAAAGAGGAAAAAGUCACCAGCAUGAAAUUGCACCUAAGUGUACCUUCACUGUGUCGUUCUCACUGUUCCCUCAGUCAGAUCUGAAUGCCAGAUGAGUUUACUUAAAAUCUUGCUUUCAAUAGUAUCAUACAGUCAGCCUGCAACCAAGCUUUGUCCCGGUGUAGGGACCUGUUUUUUGUUUACACCUGUUGCAGUUGCUUGUCAUAAACUAGCUGUGACGUUGUCAAUGUGGUCAGGAAUACACAUUCGUUUAAUUUUUUAUCAUGUGGUGGAAUCCUUGGAGAAAAAAAAAUAAAAACCCCAAACCCUUA